UGAUGGGCUAGUGAUUGGUUCAUGGUUCUCACCCCGCGGACAUCAUGGACAUCGUGCAAUGGCGGGCUAUGCCCGUUGGAUCGGUUGCUCACUGCUGGUUGCCUUGUGGAUUUUCCGCAUUCCCUGCUGCUCUACGGCCCCGGUGCCGUCUUCCGCGGAAGCCCCAUUUUGAAGGAAUGUUUGGACAGCAAAAGCCAAAUCUCAUGAUCCAAGCCCAGAAGCUUCAGUUUUCGAAGGUGUUGUGAAAGGAAGGCUUGGAGAGCAAUGUUGUGAGGAUGGCCAGAAGGAGAGGAAGGAGGAGACCCAAGGAGGACAGGAAGGAGCAGAGCAAGGAAGAGAGGGAAGGAGAAGAGCAAGAAGGACUGCAAGGAUGCAGGCAAGGAAGAAACAAUCAAUUUUCGAAACCACAGUUCCAGCCGCCCUGGCACAGCGCAGCCCUGGGAGGUGACGGCCGCGGGGUCCCAGUGGCAGCUGCGUGGAGAUGGGGCCAUGUGGCUGGCGGAGAGGGACCAGUUUCAGGUGGAUUUCUAUCUUUGCCCCGAAGCUGUCAUGGGCCAUAAACUCCCGGAUCAGCUACACGUCGUCCAGACCAAGUUGGCUGGGCGUGCCUUGCAGACUGAGGCCUUUCAGAAGUUUUGUGACCGAUGGAUUGGAGACCCAAGAGACGUGUUUGGAGCAAGCAGCCGCAGUGUCGCAAGCAUCUGAGAAGUCUGAGAACUCUGAGGAAAUUGCCAUGCUUUUGGCUCGCUGGCAGAGCAACUGCCAGCUUCCUGUUCCAAGAGCUUCUGGUAUCUACAAGUUCCACUCCUUUUUACAGCACUCCUGCGCUCCGAACUGCGCUGUGGGUGUCCUCUUUUCCACUGGCGAAGUCUUGGUGCGAGCACUGCGCACGAUUUCAGCCGGGGAAGGAUUUCUUCAACUGACUCUUUCAGAACGACGUCACCUGAAGCUCCGCGGCCAUGCCUUUGCCGUCGGUGUCUCCAGGACGCCGAAGCCGCCGAAGUGGAGGAGUUCGGCGGAACCCCGGAACGACGUUUCCAAAAAGGUCAUGGCCAGUGUGGGCGAUCAGUCCUACCGAAAUGGAGUUUGGAAGAGAAAUGAGAAGUUGGUUUACCUCUCCAACUUCCUUCACAUGACCCUGUACACCAUGUGCUUUGGGGGAAUUUUUGACAUUUUUCUCUACCACCUCUCACAAGAUCAGCAGGUCAUCCUUGAAGAUCGCAUUACCGUGGGAGGCACCGGCCGUCCUCCGCCAAUUUUCGAGGUGAACACGUGCGCGGGGUUGAUCGGUGUCAUUGAUGGUGGUGUUCAGGGCUGUCGCAGGAUGUCCGUGUUUGGUGCUGUGCUGGAUUUUCCCCGUGACAUGCCUGGUGUGGUGGACUUGUUGCUGACUGACUCCACUUCUGUCUUCGCCCAUGGAUUGCGUCCUGUCAAAGAAAUGGUCCGUCUGGUUGAGUUGUGUGCUGGUGCAGCUUGCUCUAGUGUUGGACUUUCGUUUGCAGGUUUUUCCCAUGCGGCCAGUGUUGAGUGGCGUGCCCCUUUUGUCCAGUUGCACAGGUCUUUGCACCCAGGGGUUCCAGUUGUUGAAGGUGACAUCAAUGAUCCUGAAUGCAUUCGUGACUUGAUGAAGCAGGUGGACCCUCCGUUCUGCCUUAUGUCUGGAAUUGCCUGUCAACCAUACUCCUCCGGGGGCAGUCAGUCUGGGUCAGAAGAUGUCAGGUCCAACACCCUGCCUGCAACGCUCAAGGCAUGCUACUUGUGUCAGUCGCCUCUGUUGAUCAUUGAAUGCGUGACUCAGGCACGAACAAACAACUUUGUCAAAGCUCAGGUCCAGAUGUUGGAAACUCUCGGGUACACCCUGACGGAAGUGUCGUUGAAGCUUGAGGAUCAAUGGGUUGCCCGGAGGUAUAGAUGGUGGUUAGUUGCUGCUCAUGCCAGCCUUGGUCCCAUCUCCCUCCCACCAUGGCCUUUGAGUCCGAAGUUGCAUGUCCGUGACUUGAUGCCCUUUGUCAAGCAAUGGCCUGACGAUGUCAUGCAUGAGCUGAUGUUGACACAACAUGAGAUUCAGCAGUUCACGUUGGAUGGAUCAGCACUGAGAAAGUAUGUCACUCAACUUGAUGGCAAGCUUCCAACCUGUUUACAUGCAUGGGGAUCGCAAGCAUCGGCAUGUCCUUGCGGCUGCAGACAACAGCAGUUCAGUGCUAACCUGAUUCAACAGAGAGGUAUUUAUGCCCAGUUGCUUCCUGUUCAGGUACCUGAAGGCCAUCCAUGCUACCGACAUUUUCACCCAUGUGAGCUUGCCUUGCUGAAUGCAAUGCCUCCACCUGCAGGAUGGAUGUCAUCUGACAGGCCGGACUUGAAGUUGUGCUUGUGUGCCAUCGGCCAGUUAGCCAGUCCACUGCAAUCGUUGUGGGUAGGAGCCUGUGUCUUGAGUCAAGUGCAACGAGUGCUCAACAUGCCUGUCACAGACCCCCUGGAGUUGUUGCAUGAGUUCAAGCGUGACCUUUUUGUCUGUGCUCGUGACAUGUUCCCCAAUCUCCCUGCUCCCGUGUCUGCUGACCUCUGGGUUCAUUUGCAGCACCCUGACAAUACUGAGGUACGUGUUUUGGUCCAAGCCAACUCCACUCUGGAAGACCUGUGCAAAGCUGAGGCCAGCCUGACGCAUCAAUGCCUGCAUGGACAGUGGUGUGAUGCCUCCUCUGGUGUUCCCUUGGACAAAUCGGAUCUUGUUGCCGGGCGCUGUCUGCGUAUGAUGUCAGGUGUUGGUGCUCUUUUGGAUUCUGCGCGGUUGUGUCCCAAUGAACCUUCACGUGCUGCAGAUUUGAAAGGGGAUGUGGAUUUGAUGGACUUGAGCUCUGGACUUAGCUCCCCCUGUGCUGUGCCGUUGCCUAGCAGUUUGGUUACGCACCCUGUGGAUUCCACGCCUGACACUUUGUCCGGCUUGAAUCUCGACUGGCCAUCUUGCAAAAUGAAAUGUCCAGCCAUGGGAGAUGAUGAGCUUACAUUGCAUGCUGAAUCGAUUGUGCGCAUGUCUGGGCGGUCUGAUGUUGGCUUUCUGGACCCGUUGUUGGCCACUGGAUGGUUGCAACUUGGUUCUCCUGACAAGGUCAAAGAUUGGAUGGCUCAGUGCCCUGGCAUCUCAACCAUUGCCAGCGCGGUGUUGUAUGAAGGCCAUUGGAUUCCUGUCGUUUGGACUGAUGGAUUGACAGAGGUGCAUGUCUCGAUUUGGGAACACCAAGAUUUUGCAGUGGACUUCCUCUGCCCUCUUCAUGGCAUGAUCAGCCAGGCCUGGGGUAAACCGAGGUUCUCUGUUGCCUGUUCUCGGCGCACCUUUUCAAAAGAGUGCUGUGGCAGUGCGGUCAUUGCUUUCUUUGCCCACCGCUUCCUUGCCCGAGAUUUGCCCAAGACUUGUGAAGAGCUGUUGGAAUUGCACAUCGAAUUGAAGACCAGUUUCGAAGCUGCUUUGCGUGCGGCCACUGAGGUGCCGAAACCAUGGUGUUGGGGUCUUGGUCAGCCUGAUGUCCUCCUUUUGGUCAGUGCCCUUUUGCAAACACAUGGCGUCCCUCCUGCCCAGGUUGCUGUCCGUGCCAAACUUGUCCUGCAGUCGCUUGGUAGGAAUGAAGUUCAGAAAGCAGUUGUCGGAGUUGCUCCAUGGAAGUCUUUGAAAGCACUCGCCAAUCAGCAAUCCCCGCCCUUGCAGCUUGUGUUGCCUGAUGAAUUAGCACAGGUGUCUGCAGCCAAGUCUGGACCCAAGCCCAAACGGUCCAACAAUGAUGGUCAGAAACUCCAGCCCACGCGACCUGCUGAGCUGGAUCCUGCCAAGCUUGAAGUUGAACAUGGUACGUUCUGCUUGGAAGAUGACACUCCUGUGGGACAGAUCCAUUUUGCGUCAGUUGGCCCUUUGUCCACCGGUGUCGCUUUGGCUAACUAUCAGGAAGCUCUGCCCUUUUUGCAAGCUGGCAAGUUUGUCACUCCGUCUGGACUUGCGCUUUUGGUUUUACAGCCACCUGUGGACUUUCAGACUGCCCUGCCGUGGUCAACUGUGAGAUUUGCUGCCCGGUGCUCUGCCAACCAUGAGCCAAUGCUUUUGUCUGGUGUCUUAGUUCAGCUGGGGCAUAAGAUGAUCUCCUUGUUCCGAGCCAGGAAUCUGCCUGCACUUCUUGCGGUUGAGGUCGCAUGUGCCAAGGUUACUGUGUUCAGAGAUCAAUGGGAAGGGUCAUGGGAAGACUUUGCUGCCAAACCAGUUAAGCACAUCUUGCAGCUGUUGCCUGGUUUGCAGACAUGUCGUGCUGGAGCAGCCUGCUCAUGUGUCAGCUGGCAUCCGACUGAUGACCAAACGCAUGAUGCCCUGCUGGAUGUGUAUCGACGUCAGUUCUUCACUGAGGCUGGGCGACCUGUUAAGUGGGAGAAAGCUGAAUCGUUCUCUGUCAUGAUCCGGUACGUCAAGGGUUUGGAAAUGCAGGUGCUUGGACUCAGUGGGCAGCAUGGCCUGUACAUAGAGCCCAGGACAGAAGAUGGCAUGAAACCCAGUUCUGAGUUCCAGGUGAUUUGGCUGCCCCAAACGGACUUCCAAGGUGCUACCCACAAAGCCAAAUGCCAGGUCCAUUGCCUUGGCCUUGCGAGGACAGGUCGCCGGUUUGGGUUGAGGGUGCCAGUUGCCCACUUUCAAGAAACCUUCACCAAUGUCAAGCCCGAUGCAGUGUUUCUGGCCCCUGGUAGCCGUCGCCUGUUUGUCUGUGGUCCUUGGCCUUAUGGUACUGACCGCCGAAGCCUUGCAAAGAUAUUGAAAGGAGGAGGAUGGGAGUGCCGGCCUUUGCAGCCUCAGUCUCAUGUGCCCGGAGGUCUGAUGUGGUCGAUCCAGGCUGUGACCGAUCCUCCGUCCAAUGUCUUGACUAUGCAACAUGGCCAGGUCGUGAUCUCCGCUCGGGAUGGCAUAUCUGGUUUGUCAGAGCCGGGUCACCAGGUUGUUGGUCAGGCCAAAACCGUCCAGCUUUGUCUUGCGUCCGAUGCUGUUGCACCUGACCCGUGGUUGACCCAAGACCCAUGGUCCAAAGCCAUUGCAGCUGCUCCACCUGCGGCUCCUGCCCAGCCUGCGGCACAUGUUAUCCAUGAGCUUGAACAGCGAUUGGAGCAGACCCUGUUGGCCAAGCUCCCAACUGGGCCUGACAAGAUGGAGACUGACGAGCACGACCAGCGGCUCACCGCAUUGGAACAGCAGAUGCACAUGCUGACCAGUCGCCAGACCAACUUGGAGACUACGGUCAAAGACAACCAUGCCCAGAGUGCUGCGCAGGUCCAAUCUUUGCAGCAACAGAUGCUGGUCCAGAUGGACCUUCAGUCGAAGCAGAUGCAGAACAUGCUGACUGACCAGAUGACUCGGUUGGAAAGCAUCCUUUCCAAGAAACCUCGAACGGAGUGA